AUGCCUCGCAUUCCAACGGCCAAGCUGGCCAAGAACGGCUCUCAGCGCCACAACCCUCUCCCACAGCAGCUGCAAGAAGACCAGCUCACCAACAAGUUCGGCCUCGUAUCCGCACCUGGUCGUAGGAACAAGAAGAUCCAUAAACCACAAUCCGCUUCAGACGACGACGAGGACCAGAAGCAGUAUGCUGCCCCCACAGGCAUGGUCAUAGGAGGUAAAGCCGGUGGCAGCAACAAGGAGAACAAGUACAUCGACCCUAAGCUUUCCAGAAACAUUUUACGACUUGCCCGGCAGCAGCAGGAAGAGAUCGAGCGCGAAGAGAUGCAGCUUCAAAAUCCAUCAGCAAGCCUUGAAGCCUCUUCCUCCUAUGCUGCUAACCGCAUGACUCCACGCGAUCGUCCAAGAGGGUCAGCAUCGGCUGCCAUGCCAGACGACUCGGAUGACGAGCGAGCAGACCUUGACCAUUUGGGAGAGUUGGACGACAACGAGGCCGAGAUGGGCGCGAAUGGCUGGGCAUCUUACGAUGCUAACCUCGAGAUUGACCCAUCCGAUCGCGCACUUCUUGACAAGUUCGAGGCAGAGCACCGUGGUGAUGACGAGCAUGGCGAACAAGGUGCACACAUGCGCGCAAGCGGCCUCGGUGGUCGAGGCAACAAGACCCUCGCCGAUCUCAUCAUGGAGAAGAUCGAAGCGGCUGAACAUGCAGGUGACGGACCAAGCCAACAGGAACUUGAAGAGCGAAGGAUGCCACCAGGCAUCAAUCCAAAAGUCAUCCAAGUUUACCGCAAGGUUGGAGAAUUGCUCUCUCGGUACAAGUCCGGUCCGCUUCCCAAGGCAUUCAAGAUCGUCCCAUCCUUACCAGCAUGGGAGUCGAUUCUCUACAUCACCGACCCUGCUUCUUGGACUCCUCACGCCACUCUUGCUGCAGUUCGCAUCUUUGUUUCCACUAUGAAGGCUGACCAGAUGCAGCGAUUCUACGAACUCGUCUUGCUCGAUAAGGUUCGAGACGAGAUUCAAGACGACGGCAAAGUGUCCUACCAGACAUACGAAGCUAUGAAGAAGGCCAUUUACAAACCCGCCGCAUUCUUCAAAGGUUUCCUCUUCCCUAUGUGCCAAUCUGGAACUCUCACUCUCAAGGAAGCUGCGAUUGUUUCUUCCGUUCUUGCCAAGGUCUCGAUUCCCGUUUUGCACUCUGCUGCUGCCCUUCUGAGGCUUGCAGAGAUGGAGUACUCAGGUCCCACAUCACUCUUCAUCCGAGUGUUGCUCGAUAAGAAAUACGCUUUGCCGUACAAGGUUGUCGACUCGCUCGUCUUCCACUUUUUGCGCUUUGCUGAGCCCAACUCGGGUGUCGAAUUGGACAAGAUCACCAGAGAGCGAAGAAUGCCCGUGUUGUGGCAUCAGAGUAUGUUGGUGUUUGCUCAAAGGUACAAGCAGGACUUGACACCGGAUCAGAAGUCUGCCUUGUUGGAUCUGUUGAGAGUACAGAAGCAUCAAGCUAUCUCACCAGAAGUCAGGAGAGAGCUCUUGACAGCCACAGCGAGAGGAGAGAUGCUGCAAGAGCCUGUUGAUGAGGAUGAUGAUAUGAUGUCGGUCUGA